UGCGCUUGCGCAGUGCUCCCGUGGACGUGAUCGCGUCGCGCUCGGGUAUCGCGCAGACGAGUCGGAGCAGAAGAGGCGAGACGCAACGCGGUACCAUGAUGCAGUGCUUCCCUGCCAGGUAGUCGUUUUGACAACCUACCGACAGUGUCGACUGCUCGCCGACUGCCGUUUGCCGCUUUGGAAAUGGCAGCGAGUGACCGAUCUUAGCAGCAUCAGCAGUGAAGCGUGAGUGCGUCCUCGUUGCUGAUCCUCGGCUCGUUGAACAGUGCAUUGCGGCGCAUUUCUCUGCCCGUCCGAGGUCGCGCUCGCUCGCGCCUCCGCGAAUCGUAGCCGUUCCACGACUCACUGCCCACAGCCGCUCCUCGACGCACAACCAGCAACGCAAUGGCGAGCUACAUCAGAAACCGGAGCUCCACUCGCCAGUCCGAUUUGUCGGUUUUCAGCGAAACUAUGGAUGACGACAAUGAUGAAAAAGAUGAUACAAAAAGGAAAUCACGAAAUUUGAGUGAAAAGAAACGAAGAGACCAAUUCAAUAUGUUAGUUAAUGAACUGGGCAGUAUGGUUAGCACAAAUACAAGAAAAAUGGAUAAAUCUACAGUCCUCAAAUCAACCAUACUUUUUCUUAAAAACCACAAUGAACUGGCGAUCAGAUCAAGAGCUCACGAAAUACAAGAAGAUUGGAAGCCUUCGUUUUUAUCAAAUGAAGAAUUUACCCACUUAACUUUAGAAGCACUGGAUGGAUUUAUCAUAGUUUUCUCAUCGUCUGGACGAAUUUAUUAUGCUUCCGAAAGCGUAACUUCACUUUUAGGGUAUCUUCCAAGUGAACUAAUGAAUUCUACUAUUUAUGAAAUUGCCUUUCAAGAAGAUCAGUCCCAAUUAUAUAAUAUUUUAGCGAAUUCAAAUAAUACCAGAGAUCAAAAUAGUAUUAAUAAAGAGCACCAAGUAUCAUUCACAUGCCAUAUUAAAAGAGGUGGUUUCGAUUUCCGAGAGGAGCCAAUUUACGAACUUGUCCAAUUUGUUGGUUAUUUCCGAACAGACAAUGACACAGAUACCGAUAGUAUUAUUUCAAAUAGAUUCAGCAGUGGUAUCUCUGGUGAAACUAAAACGGUUUUCGUGUGCACGGGACGAUUGCAAAUGCCGCAAUUAAUACGAGAAAUGUCUGUUGUGGAUAAUACAAAGACAGAAUUCACAUCUAGGCACAGCUUGGAAUGGAAAUUUUUGUUUUUGGACCAUAGGGCUCCACCAAUAAUAGGAUACUUACCCUUUGAAGUUUUAGGCACAUCUGGAUAUGACUACUAUCACGUAGACGAUCUCGAUAAAGUUGUAACGUGCCAUGAAUCUUUGAUGAAAAAGGGAGAAGGUACAUCUUGCCACUAUAGGUUUCUAACCAAAGGUCAGCAAUGGAUUUGGUUGCAGACCCGCUUUUAUAUAACGUACAAUCAGUGGAACUCGAAACCAGAAUUUAUUGUUUGCACGCAUCACGUAGUAAGUUAUGUUGAUGUAGUGAAACAGAUGAGAAGUGGUGAUGAUGAAUUCUCAAAUUCAAAAACACAAGACGACGUAAUGUCAUCGAAUAAGAAACCACAGAACACGUCGAUUCACAUUAGAACGCCUUCUUGGUCAUCAAAAUCAUCAAAAACGUCACGAUCAGUGCAAGCGCGAUCCCGUCUUCGCCACGGUAAUGAAUCGGAUACAACGUCCGUAUCUGCUUGCUCUCAGAGCUCGCGUUCAUUUCAGCAAACGCCACUGUUAGCUACAGGGAAUAAGGCCGCAUCGGCCAAUAGCUCAACAAGUUCGAAACCAAUUAUAUCAAAUAGCAACGGUAGAUCUGUAGACUCGCAGCAACAACAACAAACACAGUCACCUUACCAACCUCAGCCACAGCAGCAGCCACAAUCACAACAACAACAACAACAGCAGUCGCCGCAACAACAACGAAUGUCCCAAAAAAUGAAGGUUGAACAACAGCAUUGUACAGACUUUCUGGAACCUACGCAAUAUUCAACUGUGCCCAUGGAAACAAUUGUUGCUGGAGCCUAUACAGGAACCACUGAUCCAGCAUUGAUAUCCCCAUUGCAGACUACAGAGCUACUUCAUCAGCAAACAUUGGUAAUGACUCCAACCCAGAAUCAGAUUCAAGAUGAGCUUCAACGUAAACAUGAAGAAUUGCAGCAACUAAUCGUCCAUCAGCAGGAAGAAUUGCGAAGAGUAUCAGAGCAAUUGCUGAUAGCAAGAUAUGGCAUUUUUUCUCCACUAUUAAAUGUAGGGGUUUCAUACAAUGCUAAUUUAUGUCAACAAACAACACGAUGCCUAAAUACUUCUCACCAGAGCGUUCCAGGAGUUAGUACAUUUCCAGUUCCAAUUACGCUCCCCGUCAACAUUGUAUCCUCGGAACUUUUUCCCCACCCAUUGCCGGUCAACACCGUUACAGCACCUCCAAUGGCGUCUCACGGUAAUGUUGUUCAGAUGAUGACUCCUCAACAGCAAUUCCAAAAUCAUCCGCAGCUAACUCAACAGCAAAAUCAGCAACAACCUGAAGAGCAAACUUCAGAUUUAAUCACUUUCCAAAUGUGCCAACCGAAUGAUCUACUUUACACAAACAUCGAACCUCCCAACCAACAGCAAAGAUCAAGUAGCAAUUGAUUCCAAAGUAUGAAUGUUCCCUAAUAUUUUAAUUUAUAAUCACAGUUCUUUCACUCGUGAACUAAAUUAUAUUAAUAUAGUUACACAGUUGCAAAAAGAAAUACUAAUAAGAAACAUGGAUAUCAGUGUGAAACUUUAGAAACUAUGGAGGAUUUUGAAUCGUAUAUACAUGAUUAAGCAAAUGCUUACGUCACUCAAAAUAAGAUUUAAAAACUUUUGAGUGAUGGUAAUAGAUGUCUUUUGUCAUUAACACUCACAGGUAAAAAUCAAACGAAACUACAGUGCAGAAUAGAAUUUAAUUAUAGGUUUAGUUAGUUGGUUAGAUUAUCAAGUUACCAAUGUAAGAAAAGUGUGUAAAAUUUAAACAUACGUGCAAAUAACAGUGCACAUAACACGUGUGUGAGUUUUAUGUUUUUAUCGAUUAAACUGUAUAUGCUCAUGCGCGCGCGCGAGUGUGUGUGUGUGUGUAUGUGUGUGUGUGUGUUCGUGUUCGUGUGUUCGUAUAUGGAGACUGUAUACGUCUCCAUGGUUCGUGUUCAUAUUGCGUGUGUUUUAAAUUACAUGGCAGCACCACCUCGAUGUGUGCAGCCAGCACCAGACGGCGCCACUCCUCAGUCAUCUUGCAAACGAGCUAGGAAGCAGGCUGUAGUCCCAAGACAUGUAUAAAUAAGACAUUCGACUUCAAUUAUUCCUCUAUUUUCAAAAGUCAUUUCUAAGUCAGCAAGCCUUGCUGGCUAACGGUUUCGCUUCGCGCCUUUUUCUGUAAAAGUAAUCUCAAAUACAUGUUCUUUGCCCUAAUCUCUGGCGGCCCGAACUGUACUUGUAAACUUUUGUAAAUAUCAUUAAAUGACAAGUUUUAACUACG